AUGGUUAUCAGGAGAAUACAGAAGAGUAUGCACCAAGGCAGUACAGGGUCGCAUCGACACCCGAUACACGCUGUUCGGUACGAUCAUAGUACUGCCUUCCUGCAUACUUUGAAAUAUUCUCAUGAUUACUUAUCUUACUCGAACGUUCCGGCGGUGUAUAAAUUAUAUGGUAACGAUGUACACAAUAAACCAGUUGCGUUGGGUGAUAUUCAAUGUUUAGAAACUGAAGCUUCAAGUCAGCUGAUGACAACAGGGUCCAGCAAAGCGACUACUGCAGCAAUUCCUGAGACAACUACGAAGGUUUUGAAAACAGACGCUCCGUUACAGCAAACAAGUGAAUCCAGAAAAGUGACUACUGUAGAAAUUCCUAUAGCUACUACUGAAGGUUUAGAAACUGAAGCUUCAAGUGAGCUGAUGACAACAAGGUCCGUCAAAGCGACAACUGCAGCAAUUCCUGAAACAACUACGAAAGUUUUGAAAACCGACGCUCCCAUACAGCAAACAAAUGAAUCCAGAAAAGUGACUACUGUAGAAAUUCCUAUAGCUACUACCGAAGGUUUAGAAACUGAAGCUUCAAGUCAGCUGAUGACAGUAGGGUCCAGCAAAGCGACUACUGCAGCAAUUCCUGAGACAACUACGAAGGUUUUGAAAACAGACGCUCCGUUACAGCAAACAAGUGAAUCCAGAAAAGUGACUACUGUAGAAAUUCCUAUAGCUACUACUGAAGGUUUAGAAACUGAAGCUUCAAGUGAGCUGAUGACAGCAAGGUCCGUCAAAGCGACAACUGCAGCAAUUCCUGAAACAACUACGAAAGUUUUGAAAACCGACGCUCCCAUACAGCAAACAAAUGAAUCCAGAAAAGUGACUACUGUAGAAAUUCCUAUAGCUACUACCGAAGGUUUAGAAACUGAAGCUUCAAGUGAGCUGCUGACAACAAGGUCCGUCAAAGCGACAACUGCAGCAAUUCCUGAAACAACUACGAACGUUUUGAAAACCGACGCUCCCAUACAGCAAACAAAUGAAUCCAGAAAAGUGACUACUGUAGAAAUUCCUAUAGCUACUACCGAAGGUUUAGAAACUGAAGCUUCAAGUCAGCUGAUGACAACAGGGUCCAGCAAAGCGACUACUGCAGCAAUUCCUGAGACAACUACGAAGGUUUUGAAAACAGACGCUCCGUUACAGCAAACAAGUGAAUCCAGAAAAGUGACUACUGUAGAAAUUCCUAUAGCUACUACCGAAGGUUUAGAAAAUGAAGCUUCAAGUCAGCUGAUGACAACAGGGUCCAGCAAAGCGACUACUGCAGCAAUUCCUGAGACAACUACGAAGGUUUUGAAAACAGACGCUCCGUUACAGCAAACAAGUGAAUCCAGAAAAGUGACUACUGUAGAAAUUCCUAUAGCUACUACUGAAGGUUUAGAAACUGAAGCUUCAAGUGAGCUGAUGACAACAAGGUCCAUCAAAGCGACAACUGCAGCAAUUCCUGAAACAACUACGAAAGUUUUGAAAACUGACGCUCCCAUACAGCAAACAAGUGAAUCCAGAAAAAUGACUACUGUAGAAAUUCCUAUAGCUACUACCGAAGGUUUAGAAACUGAAGCUUCAAGUCAGCUGAUGACAACAGGGUCCAGCAAAGCGACUAAUGCAGCAAUUCCUGAGACAACUACGAAGGUUUUGAAAACCGACGCUCCCAUACAGCAAACAAGUGAAUCCAGAAAAGUGACUACUGUAGAAAUUCCUAUAGCUACUACUGAAGGUUUAGAAACUGAAGCUUCAAGUGAGCUGAUGACAACAAGGUCCAUCAAAGCGACAACUGCAGCAAUUCCUGAAACAACUACGAAAGUUUUGAAAACUGACGCUCCCAUACAGCAAACAAGUGAAUCCAGAAAAAUGACUACUGUAGAAAUUCCUAUAGCUACUACCGAAGGUUUAGAAACUGAAGCUUCAAGUCAGCUGAUGACAGUAGGGUCCAGCAAAGCGACUACUGCAGCAAUUCCUGAGACAACUACGAAGGUUUUGAAAACAGACGCUCCGUUACAGCAAACAAGUGAAUCCAGAAAAGUGACUACUGUAGAAAUUCCUAUAGCUACUACUGAAGGUUUAGAAACUGAAGCUUCAAGUGAGCUGCUGACAACAAGGUCCGUCAAAGCGACAACUGCAGCAAUUCCUGAAACAACUACGAACGUUUUGAAAACAGACGCUCCCAUACAGCAAACAAAUGAAUCCAGAAAAGUGACUACUGUAGAAAUUCCUAUAGCUACUACCGAAGGUUUAGAAACUGAAGCUUCAAGUGAGCUGCUGACAACAAGGUCCAUCAAAGCGACAACUGCAGCAAUUCCUGAAACAACUACGAAAGUUUUGAAAACAGACGCUCCCAUACAGCAAACAAAUGAAUCCAGAAAAGUGACUACUGUAGAAAUUCCUAUAGCUACUACCGAAGGUUUAGAAACUGAAGCUUCAAGUCAGCUGAUGACAGUAGGGUCCAGCAAAGCGACUACUGCAGCAAUUCCUGAGACAACUACGAAGGUUUUGAAAACAGACGCUCCGUUACAGCAACAAGUGAAUCCAGAAAGUGACUACUGUAGAAUUCCUAUAGCUACUACCGAAGGUUUAGAAACUGAAGCUUCAAGUCAGCUGAUGACAACAGGGUCCAGCAAAGCGACUACUGCAGCAAUUCCUGAGACAACUACGAAGGUUUUGAAAACAGACGCUCCGUUACAGCAAACAAGUGAAUCCAGAAAAGUGACUACUGUAGAAAUUCCUAUAGCUACUACUGAAGGUUUAGAAACGGAAGCUUCAAGUGAGCUGAUGACAACAAGGUCCGUCAAAGCGACAACUGCAGCAAUUCCUGAAACAACUACGAAAGUUUUGAAAACCGACGCUCCCAUACAGCAAACUAGUGAAUCCAGAAAAGUGACUACUGUUGAAAUUCCUAUAGCUACUACCGAAG